AUGGCUUCCCUCAUGCGUCCUUCCAUCUUGCGCCAGGCGGCCAUGAGCCGCAGCGCCUUUGCUCAGCCUGCCAUGCGCAACACCGUCCUCCGCGCCGCCGCUCUGCACACCACCAGCAAGCGAGCUGCUUUCCUCCCUCCGCCUCCCCAGGUCAUCCAAGGAACAGUCAACGACCCUGCGCCUGUACCCCACGCCAACGCCGCCCACGGCUCCUACCACUGGGCUUUCGAGCGCCUCCUCGCCGCCUCGCUCGUCCCCCUCUCCAUCGCGCCCUUCGCCGCCGGCUCCCUCAACCCGACUCUCGACGCCGUCCUGUGCUCGGCCCUGCUGCUGCACUCCCACAUCGGCUUCCAGUCCGUCAUCAUCGACUACAUCCCCAAGCGCACGUACGCCGGCCUCCACAAGAUCUUCAUGUGGGCCCUGAACAUCGCCACCGUCGCCGUCGGCGUCUCCCUGUACGAGUUUGAGACCAACGACGUCGGCGUUACCGAGGCUAUCAAGCGUGUCUGGACGGCCAGCUCCAAAUCGGAGUAA